AUGGUGCCGGUGUCUGGAGCGUCGAUGAACCCUGCCCGGAGCAUUGGUCCAGCCAUUGUCAUGCACAGAUACAAGGGGCUCUGGGUUUAUAUAAUUGGACCUCUCUUCGGCACCAUAGCUGGAGGAUUUGCUUAUAAUCUGAUUAGGUUCACGGAUAAACCUCUCCGAGAAUUGACAAAAAGUGGAUCUUUUAUCAAGAGCAUCUCUAGAAACAAUCAUCGGUAG